UCAGGGACCGGUGUCCCAGCUCUCCGCUCGGGGCAGCGGGCUGGACCGCCGCGUCCGCCCGCGCCAAGGGCCGGAAAAUCACCCUUCCCCCCCGCUCAGCGCUCGGCGGCGCCGGGGGGGCUCAGCCCUCCGCUCCCGCCCCGUGGGGCUGCAGUCGCGGGAGCCGCCAGGCCGUCGUGCUGCGGGGCCGUCGGAGGGGUGGAGGCGGCAUAGGCACCGCGCUCGCCCAGACCCCCUCGAGGCAGCUGCAGCCCCAACGCAGGUUGCCCCUAGGGCUCGGGUCUGCCCCUCCCGCCCCCCCCCCCCCCCGCCUCUUCGGUGCAGGGUGCGGGGGAACCGUCACGGGAAUCGCCACCGCCGCUGCCUGCCUCGGCGGGGCACGUCCCCCGGCCCCCGGGGCGCCGCUCGCUCCGUCCCAGGCGGGGAUCAGGGGCCCGCGGCGCGGCACCUGCGAGGAGCGACCGCGGCAGCUCGGCGUAGCGUGCCCCGGGGGCGCCCACGGGAGACGCUCCCACCCACGCGUGCCCGGGGCGCCCCCGCCCCUUCGCCUGCCGCCGCUUGGCGCAGACGCACGCACUUACACACCCGCACACUCACACUCACGCACACUCGCUCAGGCCGCCUGGGCUGCAGCUCGCCGCUCUUCGCCCGCCCCGCCGGUUCGCCUCCGCCAUGGCAAGCCCCGGCUCCGGCUUCUGGCCCUUCGGGGCCGAGGAGGGUUCCGCCGCCGCCGAGAGCCCCGGCACAGCCAGAGCCUGGUGUCAGGUUGCCCAGAAGUUCACGGGAGGGAUCGGAAACAAACUCUGCGCCCUGCUCUACGGAGAUGCCGAGAAGCCCGUGGAAACCGGCGCCAGAGCAGCCCCGGGGGCAGCGGAGCCGCGACCGGCCUGUACCUGCGACAAAAAACCCUGCGGCUGUCAAAAAGCGGAGGUGAAUUACGCCUUUCUGCACUCAACAGAUCUUCUGCCGGCAUGCAACGGAGAAAUAACAACUAUGUCUUUCCUACAAGAUGUUGUGGACAUUUUACUUCAGUAUGUGGUGAAAAGUUUUGAUAGAUCAACAAAAGUUAUCGAUUUCCAUUACCCAAAUGAGCUGCUCCAGGAAUAUAACUGGGAGCUGGCAGACCAGCCACAGACCUUGGAAGAAAUUUUAUUGAACUGCAGAACAACUCUGAAGUAUGCAAUUAAAACAGGGCACCCUAGAUAUUUUAAUCAACUUUCAACUGGAUUGGACAUGGUUGGAUUGGCAGCAGACUGGCUGACAUCAGCAGCAAAUACUAAUAUGUUCACCUAUGAAAUUGCUCCAGUGUUUGUACUUUUGGAAUAUGUCACACUAAGGAAAAUGAGAGAGAUGGUUGGCUGGCCAGGGGGCUGUGGCGAUGGGAUAUUUUCACCUGGUGGUGCCAUAUCUAACAUGUAUGCUAUGUUGAUUGCACGUUUCAAGAUGUUCCCAGAAGUUAAAGAAAAAGGAAUGGCAGCUAUUCCCAGGCUGGUUGCCUUCACAUCAGAACAUAGUCACUUUUCUGUGAAGAAAGGAGCUGCAGCCUUGGGUAUUGGUACAGAUAGUGUGAUUCUGAUUAGAUGUGAUGAAAGAGGGAAAAUGAUCCCAUCAGACCUUGAAAGAAGAAUUCUUGAAGCCAAACAAAAAGGAUUUGUUCCUUUUCUGGUGAGUGCCACAGCUGGGACAACCGUGUACGGGGCAUUUGAUCCUCUCAUAGCUAUUGCAGACAUCUGCAAGAAGUACAAAAUCUGGAUGCAUGUGGAUGGAGCAUGGGGUGGCGGGCUCCUGAUGUCAAGAAAACACAAAUGGAAGUUAAAUGGUGUUGAAAGGGCCAAUUCAGUGACCUGGAACCCUCACAAGAUGAUGGGCGUCCCACUGCAGUGUUCAGCCCUGCUGGUAAGAGAAGAGGGAUUGAUGCAGAGUUGCAAUCAAAUGCAUGCUUCCUACCUCUUUCAACAAGACAAGCACUACGACCUGUCUUACGACACAGGAGACAAGGCUUUGCAAUGUGGACGGCAUGUUGAUGUCUUCAAGCUAUGGCUGAUGUGGAGGGCAAAGGGAACCACAGGAUUUGAAGCACAAAUCGAUAAGUGCUUGGAACUUGCAGAAUACCUAUAUAAUAAAAUAAAGAACAGAGAAGGGUAUGAAAUGGUGUUUGAUGGAAAGCCUCAGCACACAAACGUCUGCUUCUGGUAUAUACCUCCUAGCUUGCGCAGUAUGGAAGACAAUGAAGAAAGAAUGAGCCGCCUUAUGAAGGUGGCACCAGUGAUAAAAGCCAGGAUGAUGGAGUAUGGCACGACCAUGGUGAGCUAUCAGCCUCUGGGAGACAAAGUGAACUUCUUCCGGAUGGUCAUCUCAAACCCCGCAGCAACUCACCAAGACAUUGAUUUCCUGAUUGAUGAAAUAGAACGCCUGGGACAAGAUUUAUAAUAACUGGGUUUGAAAGUCUGUUCCUGGACCUCUAAGUAGACAAUUAAGUUGUCACAAACUGUGCGAAUGUAUUUGUAGUUUGUUCCAAAGUAAAUCUAUUUCUAUAUUGUGGCGUUAGAGUACAGUUUAAAAUCAAGAAACAUGGCUCCUUUAAAGUCCUUUCCUGAGUUUUAGAAUACCUCCUUAAUAAUUAGCUGCACAAAAAGCUGCAUGGAAACAAAUAAGAACAGAAGAUACUUAAAAUUUUAUCCCCAAUUUUAAGACAGUGACUACUUUAAAUUAAAAGCGAUGAGACCGAAUGAUGCCAAAUUUGCCCAAAAUGAUGACAAAGUUAAAUAGGGGGAAGUGGGAGGGGGCAGUGAGAAACAGAGUAUACAAGCUGUAUGUUUAAAAGUGAAAGUGUUUUGCCUUUUUCGUAGUAUUAGAACAGAAUUUCUAAUUUACCUAUAGCAACAUUUCAAAUGUAUUUAAAUAGGUAUAGUUUUACAAAAGGAAAUAUAUAUAUAUAAAAAAAUCCUAUUUUGUAAACUAUAUAUUUUUAUUUUAUAUGGGUUAUAAAACUGCAAGGACAGAAGCUGAAAAUUAACUAGGAUUCUUUUGAUGGAGGUGCCUCAAAUAUUUAUUACUGCUUAUUUUAAAAUAUAAGCCCACAUUACUACAUUCUUAAGAGGUACCAGUGCCUCAUUUCUCCGUGUCAUAGGGAUUGUACAUCUCCAGGGUUGAUUACUGAAAAACCUCAAGAGUACUGCAGCUCUUAAAACCACUUAAUAAGAUCAAUUACAGUACAACAAUAGGAUGCUAUUAUUCCUAAUUAUGUUUCCCACUUGGCCUAACUAAGCAGACGCACAAUCAAUAUACAGUGCUAACCAAGACUGAAAUAAGGUUGUAUUUGGAUGGUUUCUGUGUUCUGUGGUAAAAAAGCCUUUCCAAAAAAAAAAAAGUCACGUCUGAAUAAAUGCUGCUCUCAUAACCAUUUCUUCUAUGAGCAGUCCAAAACCACACUGAAAAUUAAAAUUGACUGAAAUUCUUACUAAAGAAAUAGCAUGAAACCUCACAGUGACAUUAAGAGGGUAAAGACUUCUUACAGAUGUACAGGUCUGCCAGACAAGGCCUAAAUUAAAUGUGACUGUAAUCUGAGUGACAGGGAUGGGGUCUAAGUAACAAACUGCUUUGUCAAAGGUUUCACCCCGUGCUGGACUCCAUCCUUGUCUGCAAUGGCCUUUGAAAUUGCAGAAAAAACUGAGAUAAGGCUACAUGUGCCUAGAACAGCCCACACGGAGCCUCACAGCCUUCUUAGAAAGCACGGGCACAGCUCUUGCAGAAUUCAUGUGCUGCAUCAUUCCGUAACAUUAGUGACCCUGGCAUGGAAAUUGAAAUUUAUCCUCUUUCCCCCCAACAUCUGGAAGUGCUGGAAGAGUUCUGCGGCUCGGGCCUGUCUACUUAUAACCCUACUAAAGUUUUGGUUUUAACUUUGCCUAAACGGCCAAACUUGUGUUUGUAAAGCAAUAUUGUUUUGCUGCCUCUAAAAUACUUGAAGAGGAAAAAAAAAAGUGCAAUGUGGUUUUAAUUUCAUCUAAAAUAGAUAAAUGGAGUAUUGAUUCAAUGUAAUAUCAUGAGGACAUGAAGUAAGAGGAAAUAAAUUGUGUCUGUAAUUGUGUUGCCUUUAUUAUAUUGAUAGUACUGUUUUGUCACCUCAGAUUGAGGCUGUGCACUUUAGAUUUAAACUGUACAAUGUUGCAAAUCAACAUGUGUUGCUGUAUAAGCUUGUACAAUAUAUUAUUGAUAUGUCAUUAUUUGUGUGGUAGUAGUAUUGACUCUUGAUAUUGUAAGAACUGCAUUCACGCCGGUCCCUCUACUAUAUCUGUGCUUGGUAUUAACCUCUCCUUGUCAGCUGUCGGGCAGACCUCUCACCUCACUCCGGUGGACUCCAUUGCUACCUGUGAUGCAUAGUGUUGCAAGUCAAGCUAUAGAGGAGAUACCAAUUCUAUCAGGAAGGACUUCAAUGUGACCUUUGCUAAACGUGUCAAAACCAGCAGACUAAUCACUGAAAUACUAGUAGAGUAGCAAAUUAUAUUGUUUUUUUUUCUUGCUGGGAAAAAGGCAAGCAAAGAGCUUAAAAAGUAAAUAGUACAGGGACAAUGAUGAAGGCGAUCAGUAGCCUGGUUACAUCUUGCAUGUGCAAUUCUGUUUUAAAGUGCUAAGUGCAAACAACAUAUUUAUUAGCUGUAUGUGCCAAUCCAAGAUUUACAUUCAGUGUUCCAGGAGAACCAGCAUUUUUCUUUCCCAUGUUACUGUACUUAGUGCAGCCAGGAAAGAGCAGCAUAGCAAUCUGUUCUUGUGUUUGACCAAAGUAUCUUAUCUGUGGUGUUGAUCUAAAUCCAAAUAAAAGUGUAAAAUGUGACUCUGGGUCUUUUCAUUAGCAGCACUGAUGGGCACUUGGAGCAUUUAUCACUCGUGCCAUUUCAGAGCAAGGCCCCAAUAAAGAGAAUG